AUGGCGAAGAACAAGCUGAUUGCCAAGCCUAUACCGCAGUAUCAACCUGCUGGCAGCAAGAUGGGGAAGCACAGCAACAUACGCAGGCUGAUGGGUGCAUACCUCGAACAAAGUCACAGAGAAACCCCGUUUAAACUAUUUUCAGAGACCUAUUCUGUGAGACUUGUCAACGGUCAGGAAACAAACUCUAGCCUUUCCGGACGUUUGGAAGUCUUCUACAAAGGUGUGUGGGGCACAGUGUGUGAUGACUCUGUCAACAACCGUACAGGAAAUACUCUUUGUCGCUUCCUUGGAUUUAGCGGCGGGUAUCAUGUGCCGAGAGGCGGGUUUGGAGCAGGGACCGGGACGAUCUGGCUGGACGACUUGGUGUGUUCAGGGAAUGAGACGAGUAUAUCCCAGUGUUCUCAUCAACCUUGGGGGAAUAAUAACUGUGCACACAACGAGGACCUCGGUUUAGUCUGCUCAAACGUCACAUCACAGACAUAUUCUGUGAGACUUGUCAACGGUCAGGAAACAAACUCUAGCCUUUCCGGACGUUUGGAAGUCUUCUACAACGGUGUGUGGGGCACAGUGUGUGAUGACUCUGUCAACAACCGUACAGGAAAUACUCUUUGUCGCUUCCUUGGAUUUAGCGUCGGGUAUCAUGUGCCGAGAGCCAGGUUUGGUUCUGGGACAGGGACGAUCUGGCUGGACGACUUGGUGUGUUCAGGGAAUGAGACGAGUAUAUCCCAGUGUUCUCACCGACCUUGGGGGAUUAAUAACUGUGCACACAAAGAGGACCUCGGUUUAGUUUGCUCAAAGGUCACAUCACGAACUCCGUUACGGCUUGUUAAUGGAACUCAGCGUGCCAACAGUCUGAGUGGCAGACUGGAAGUCUUCCAUGACAACAAUUGGGGCACAGUUUGUGACGACAGUUUUUCGGCAAGAGAAGCAAGAGUCGUUUGUAGUAUUUUAGAAUACAGUCAAGGUGUGGAAUUGACGAGUGCCUAUUUUGGACAAGGAAAUGGAACUAUUUGGCUGGACGACGUUCGCUGCCUAGGCAACGAGAGUGAUAUAUCACUUUGCUACAACCGAGGAUGGGGGCGCCACAAUUGUAAUCACAGGGAAGACGUGGGAGUGGCCUGUUUUAACACAACGGCUGUAGAAACGGCAAAGGCGUCUUUCGUGGUGUUUACGGAAGAGGAACUGGACCAAUAUGAGCAGAUGUCUACCAGACUUGUCGCGGGGCAUCGUGGAGACGGCUGGCAGACCGGCAGGCUCGAAAUUUCCUUUGCCGGUGAGUGGGGCACAGUAUGCAACAACCAGUUCAACAAUGUCUCAGCAACAGUGGCCUGUAGGACUCUGGGAUACAGAUAUGGCAACUACCUACCUUACUAUUACCCUAAUUUUGGGACUGGAAGGAUCUGGCUUGGAGGAGCCGUGUGUAGAGGCAAUGAGGCGGACAUUGCUCAGUGCGAACAUGACGGAUUGGGUAACCACUUCUGUGGCCAUUCAUGGGACGUCGGUAUCAUCUGUUCAAACAACAAAACAGUUUGUGAGCCCACGCAGUUCCGUUGUGAUGACGGUCGUUGUCUGCCUAUAACAUUCCGUUGUGACGGAACGAUAACAUGUCGUGGAGGGGAGGACGAGCGAGGCUGCAUGGAAAUGUCUGGAAGACGUGUGACGGUGAACACAAAUGGAGAGCUGUGGACUGUUUGUAGUGGACCGUCCAUGUCCAACAACCGGAAAUUAGCAGAAAGUAUGUGUGUGUAUAUGGGACACUCCGGACUGACGAAUGUGUCGGUUGAAAGAACACAAAACCUACCCCUGGGAAUGGUGUUCUAUCCAACGCCUAGCUUUGCUGGUUACCUCGGAGAGUUUCGCCCAUACGUAUCUAUAUUUUGCGCCCCACUUAACAUCCAGUGCUCUAGACAAGAAGUCUAG